AACAGUCUUGAAUUCAGUGCCCAUUUAAGAGUAAGUUUUCAGGAAAAUUUAUUUAAAAUUUUAGGGACUUUGCUCCCAAUUAGUGACAUUCCAACCAAACGUCACCCAUUCAUCCUGUCAAAAUUUGUCACAAACCAGGAAAAAAGUGAAACAAACCAAAAAAGUGCAUUUAUACCACGUCCACGUAAAAUGUGGCUUUAUCACACUUUUUAUCACCGAUGAUAAAAACACUGUCAACAUGUAAACAAGAUGUUGGGCCGACAAAAAUUUAAAUACGAAGCUGUGGACAGCGACGAUGAGCCCCCGAGUGAUUUCGAAGAGAAAAAACGUGGAUUUUUCAAUAGUGCUUGCUUCUGGUCGAGUUUAUUUACAAGUAUUCUGAUUGGAACUUAUUACAUUCCUUCCAUAUGUUUGACGUUCUAUCAGCGAUGGCUUUUCCAGACAUUCCAUUUUCCGUUAGUCACGGUUUUGGUUCACAUGAUUGUGAAAUUCUUACUAGCAGUCAUAAUCAGGGCUGUGUUGGAACGGAAACAAGGAAAACAAAGGGUUAUGUUAGAGUGGAGGGAGUACUUGGUCGCAGUGGCCCCCAUGGGGGUUUUCAGUGGCCUUGAUAUUGGGUUCUCUAACUGGGGCUUGGAACUCAUCAAAGUGUCAUUGUACACAAUGACGAAAUCUACAACAGUUGUGUUUAUUCUGGGAUUUUCGAUGUUAUUUAAGCUUGAGAAAAAGUCCUGGAGUUUGGCAUUUAUCGUCGGAAUGAUCACAACAGGAUUAAUCCUUUUUACAUACAAAGCAACCCAAUUUGACACUUUGGGAUUUCUCUUAUUAUUAUUGGCUUCAAUGUCGAGUGGUGUGAGAUGGACUUGUGUCCAACUCCUCCUCCAAAAGUCCAAAAUCGGGAUGAGAAACCCCAUUGACAUGAUCUACCAUAUGCAACCAUGGAUGAUCAUCUCAGUCCUCCCAUUGGCCAUAUGGAUGGAGGGCCCCACAAUCAUCAAAAACUGUCAAAUCAUACGCACCACAGACACCUCCAUAAUAAUCACACUGAUUUUCAAAAUCCUUGUAGGGGCCUUUAUUGCGUUUUUCAUGGAAGUUUGUGAAGUCCUAGUGGUGGGUUACACCUCAAGUCUCACUCUCUCCAUCGCUGGGAUUGUUAAAGAAGUCUUUAUCCUAGUUUUAGCCGUUGAAUGGACCGGAGACCAACUUUCGCUCAUCAACGUUGUCGGUUUACUCAUCUGUCUCUCGGGUAUCACGUGUCACGUGUUCCACAAAUUGAGACACACCGCAAAAAUGGCACGUGUGUAUGAAAUGCACGACGAGCGACGCGAGUUAGGUGAGCAUUUGAUAGUCAAUGAAGACGGACACGUGUCGAGUGAUAAUGACGAGAAAAAUGACACACAAGUAUUGUUUGACAUUUUACGCAAUCGGGACAGGUAGUCACGCCUUUUGACGGGCUAGUACUUAAGCAUUUUUUAAUUUAAUACUUUUGUAUAUAUGUUUUGUGAUAUUGUGUAAUUUAAGCCUAUUAUGUGUGGAAAUGUGAUGGUUAUAGUUGGCGCGAUCUCGUAACCUUAUUCACUUCACAGUUACCAUUAAGUUACAUAUGUUUAAAAAUUAUUUAUGUAAAGUAAAAUCCACACAAAAAAUAAUACAUCAAUCUACAAUAAAAUAUUUGCGAAAUUA